AUGGCAACCCACUCCAGGACGUCCUCUCAAGCCCAAUCCCCUUUCAAUCAGGGAUACAUGGAACCCCGCCUUCUGUCAACCACCUCUGUUGAACUUGGCAAGGUAUCCCUUGAACGUGUCACACACCUCCUCCUUGGCCUUCUUGGCCACGUUGAACAGCUUGAAAGGGAAAUUGCCAAAAUUAAGGAAGCAGGGGUCAAAACCCAAACCAACGUCAAGAACAUAUCCCAAACCGUUGAUGUUCCCAAAGCCAUGGAAGAAAUGCCACGCCCCCUACCAAAAGCCAAGCCUACUGGAUUGGCUAGUGGGCCAACCUUCUGGCCAGAACAGCUGCAAGGGCUUCCUGCCUUUGCCCAGCCAACCCCAAGAAGAGCCGCACCCCUGCAAGUCCUGUCUCCCCCUCCAUCUCCACGUCUCCAAUCCCCAAUUGGAGCACCUGCCCCUCUCCCACCGGCUCCAACCACCACCUACCCUGCCCCGGUCAAAGUAGACCACCCAGAUGCCUAUACAGGCAAAAUCAGGAGCAAGGCCAAGCAAUGGCUAACCUGGAUGCUGGCAUGGACCUGCCUUAACUUGCAGAUGUUCCCCACUGAUCAGGAGGUUCUAUCCUUCCUCCUGAUGAACAUGAAGGACUCCGCUGGGGCUUGGGCCCACCCUCACCUUGACCAGCUCAGCUCACACUGGGCCAUUAUCCAAAUGGUUGAAGGGGUCAAGUUGGAAUUCCUGGCAGCAUUUGGCAACCCUGACGCCACAAGGGCUGCCAAGCAGAAGAUCACCACGCUCACCCAGUCUGGCACGUGCGCAGACUACAUUACUAAGUUCAGAACCCUUGCCAUGGAACUGGACUGGAAUGAUGCGGCCCUUCAAGGCCAAUUUGCCUGUGGCCUCCACUGGGAGGUUAGCCGUCAAAUUGCUACCCACUGUCCUGGACACAGUCACAUGACCAGUACAAGUGGUUGCAUGCUGGCCCAAGCCCAAAUUUGGGGGGUAGCAGGUGUAAUCAUGGGUUUUCUAUUUUCCUCUGUUUAUGACACCCACAAACAUUGCCCCUGGACCCUCCUUGAGCUGCAGAACGCAGCACUUGUUGUCAACAACGCUCUCCGCAAAGAGCGGGCUAGCCAUCCACCAAAGGAUAGUAAGCCUAGCAAGCAAUCCAACCCUGCAAGGGGGACAAGUACCAGCCAGUCAACUACUGGAUCAAGGAAGCUCUCUGACAACCCCAACUUUGUGUCUGAAGAGGAAAGGAACCGCCACUGCACUGCAGGCACCUGCAUCAAGUGUGGCAAGAUGGGCCACAAGUUUGCGGAAUGCCACACAGGUUGGAAGGCCACCCCUAUCAAAGACAAGGGGAAGGCAAAGGAAACCGCCAAAAUUGGCAAAGAAUUUGGACCCAAAUCAGGAAAAGACUAA